AUGGGAGAAUCAACAAGUAUGAAGUUUUAUGCAAAGAAGAUCAGUUUCAAAGAAAUUCUCGGUCCAACACCACAAGCUCAACUUGUUCCAGCAGUAGGAAGUACUGUAUUCAUUGAUCCAUCAGUAAGUUUUUAAAAUAUUUAUUUAUUUUCAAAUUCAACUUUCUUUUUGAGGUUCUUGCUUCGAUGUCUGAUGCCUGGCAAAAUGAAUUGGAUAUAAACCCGAAUUUUGUUCGAAAUAUUGCGGGAUUUGAUAGUUUUGAAGUUAUGCGAUGUCUGAAAAUAGCGAUGAAUUACUCGAACAACGACGGUUAGUGUUAUAAAAGUACUGAUUUUAUGAUUAUUAUGUUUCGAUUUUUUUCAGCCGCAAACAAUCAUGAUUUGGUUAGAUUGGCAGAUUUCGCGAGAUUGAUUGGGUCAAGUUGCUUAAUAUCAAAAAUAUCCAGUGCAUUAUUGCAAAGUAACAUAUUUUUGGCUAAAAAAUUCGUGAUUUCUCAUUCACUUGGCCAGGGAUUCGAAAGUAUAAUUGUAAGUUAUGGUCAUAACGUUUCUGCAACAUCAUUUUUUUUUAUAACAGGACACAUUGCUGUUACAAACUAGCCCAAGUGACACGGACAAACUGUUGGCCGACUUGGAGUUCCGCUGUCUUCCAAAUUUGUUCCUAGAUCGCGUCUACAAAAUUCGUUGA